CGGUUAAUUUGAGCCUGUCAAGUGGCGGAAGCUUGACAAAAAAGAGUGCGCAGGUUAAGCGAAUCUUCCUUCUACUAGGGGGCGCAGGUUAAGUCAGUAGAUACAGAGAAAGGAAAGAUACAAACCUAAGAAACUUGCAUAGAAAGAAAUAAUAUAGAAGAAGAAGAGAAUACAAAAAGAGAACAUAAUUUUCAAUUUCUUGUUAAUGAUCCAUGUCGAAGAUGAAGCAUCUACUCAGAAAGCUCCAUAUCGGCGGUGCCAUCAAUGACCACCAGCGAUUGCCUGAUACCCAACCUGUGGGCAACCCCAGCGCCACCGCAAACCCUUUGUCUUCAUCGUCUUCGUCUUCGUCUUCUAAUGGUAGAAUUGCAGCAGUUGAAUCGCCGGGAGGGGAUCGGAUUGCAGCGGGAGAUGCUAGUGGCAUGGAUUUUAAUUUAUUGGAGGAGGAGUUUCAGGUUCAAUUGGCUCUGGCAAUAAGCGCCUCGGAUCCGGAUACGCGUGAGGAUCCGGAGUCGGCUCAGAUCGAUGCUGCUAAGCGGAUUAGCCUCGGCUGCCCUGUAGCUCGAGUUACCGUCACCGAUUCUCCCGUCGAGUCUCUCUCGCUUCGCUAUUGGAGCUAUAAUGUUGUAAAUUAUAAUGAUAAAGUGAUGGAUGGCUUUUAUGAUGUAUAUGGCAUUACCUCAAAUUCGGCCGUUCAAGUUCAAGGGAAGAUGCCAUUAUUAACGGAUCUGCAAGCAAUAUCAAUUUUAGAUAACGUUGAUUAUGAAGUGGUGUUGGUAAAUCGCUUUGUUGACCCUGAACUUCGAGAACUUGAGAGAAAAGCUUAUAUGAUGUCCCUGGAAAGCCGAGUCUCUGAUGGCAUGCUUUUAAGUGGCAUGAUUCAGAAACUUGCUGAUCUUGUUGUUGAUAGAAUGGGUGGUCCAGUUGGUGAUGCUGAUGAGAUAUCAACAAGGUGGACCAGGAGAAGCUAUGAGUUACGGAAUGCUCUGAACUCUAUCAUUAUUCCCCUUGGACGUCUUGAUGUAGGACUUUCACGCCAUAGGGCCUUGCUCUUUAAGGUGCUAGCAGAUAGAAUUAACCUUCCAUGUAUGCUGGUUAAGGGGAGCUACUACACUGGCACUGAUGAUGGAGCUAUAAAUUUGAUUAAGAUUAAUAAUGAAAGUGAAUACAUUAUUGAUCUUAUGGGUGCUCCUGGAAUUCUAAUUCCUGCUGAGGUGCCCAGCAGUCUUCUUGCAAGCACUGGAUUUGAUGUAAGGGGCUUUGCUGAUCUUACUGGGAUCCCCAAAGGUUCAUUGUUGGCUGGUGAAGAACUCAGGGAUGUAGCAAUUUCAUCUAAUCUAGAUAGGGCUUCCCAUGUUGGCAGCUCAAGGACAGAGGAGGCAUUGUUUGUAGGCAAUAAGUCAAAUGAGCCUAACAUAGGCUGGGUUGGAAAAAACCAAGCUGAGACAUUUGGACAUGAGUUUGGAAAGGGUUUUCCAUCAUCUUGCAUAUCACAUGAAAACUCAUCAGGGACUGGAAGGCCAUCAGCAGCAGAAAACAUUAAAGUAAAAAAUGUCUCGAAGUAUGUUAUCACCGCAGCUAAAAAUCCUGAUUUUGCACAGAAAUUACACACUGUUUUGUCAGAGAGUGGUGCAACACCUCCUCCAGAUUUGUUUUCAGAUAUGAAUCAGCAAGAUUUGGGUGAGCAGAAGGUACUUGAACUAGUUCAUCUAGAAAAUGGAGUAAAUCUAGAUGUUCAACUUCAAUGUUGUUCUGAUAAGCUCUUGUCAAGGCAUGCGCAGUCUCUUAUAUCGUUGACUACAGAGGAUCCUUUGAACAAUCUUAGGUAUGAUAGUAAGCAAGGAUGGCCUGCUGAGGGGCCAGCUAAACAAAAAAGAGAAACAGAAAUGGAUUUCUUCAAGUCUGAUGCUUCUUUUCCCUCUGAUAAUACAAGUGAGGGGUUUGUAGUUGUUAAAAAUAGAACCAACGAAAAAUUACAGAUGGGUGCUACAGGUAUAAAUAAUUUCCCUGAUAAUCCACCAGGAAUGCUUGGAAGGACAAUGCAUGGAAAUCAAAUCCAUGAAUCAUUCUUGUCCUCAGCAGUGAACUCUUGUCAACUACAACCUGAAGACGCCUUAGUCCGUGAUGAUAAACAGAGUGUGAAGUUGGUUGAAACAUUCAAUGGUGGUCUGCAUAUGUCUUGUAAUGGUUACAGUGAGAGAAUUCAUCCAGUGCUGGGGGAGGUUGCUGAAUGGGAAAUCCCAUGGGAGGAUCUUCAAAUUGGUGAACGUAUUGGUAUAGGUUCAUAUGGUGAGGUGUACCAUGCAGAUUGGAAUGGCACUGAAGUUGCUGUGAAGAAAUUUUUGGACCAAGAUUUAUCUGGAGAUGCAUUGGUUCAGUUCAAAUGUGAAGCUGAAAUCAUGUUAAGAUUAAGACAUCCUAAUGUUGUUUUGUUCAUGGGGGCAGUUGCUUGCCCUCCACAUCUGUCAAUACUGACAGAAUUCCUGCCCAGGGGGAGUUUGUAUAGGCUACUACAUCGUCCCAAUCCUCAACUUGAUGAAAAGAGGCGAAUGCGAAUGGCUCUUGAUGUGGCCAAGGGAAUGAAUUACUUGCACACAAGCCAUCCUCCCAUAGUGCAUCGAGAUUUAAAGUCUCCAAAUCUCCUUGUUGACAAAAACUGGGUUGUUAAGGUCUGUGAUUUUGGAUUGUCACGCAUGAAGCACCAUACUUUUCUGUCUUCAAAGUCUACUGCUGGAACGCCUGAAUGGAUGGCACCUGAAGUCCUAAGGAAUGAACCAGCAAACGAGAAAUGUGAUGUAUACAGUUUUGGUGUGAUAUUAUGGGAGUUGGCCACCUGUCAAAUCCCUUGGAAAGGCUUGAAUCCAAUGCAGGUUGUGGGAGCUGUUGGAUUCCAAAAUAAGCGUCUUGAGAUUCCAGAGGAUGUUGAUCCAGCCAUUGCACAGACAAUACAUGAUUGUUGGCAAAGGGAGCCACACUUGCGACCCUCUUUUUCACAACUUAUAUCCCGUCUGCGUCACAUUCAAAAUUUACAUGUUGAAAGAACAUAACAUACAUAUCAAACAAUAGAAUGACCGGAACAUUACUACUGUAGUUUAGGUUGUUUCUCGUCUCAAAGAGCCGGAGCAGCCUUUUUUUUUUUCCCGUUUCUUUUAUUUGAUGCCAAGAAAGAUACUACUUGACAGGGAAGUGUUGGUUCAUUCAAAGUGGGGACUCAGCGCAAGCCUGUUGAUUCGACACAGAGUGGACAUUCUCCCAAUUAAACUGCAUAAGUGCAGAGGAGAAUGCCAUCGGAAAGUUGCUUUUAGUAGCAUAAAUAGUUAUUGUCAUUAAUCUUACAUGUAAGAAAAAAAAAAUCCUGAAAUGGGAAAAAGAAAAAAUAAUCUUUCAAUUUUUCUUUCUUUCUCUGUGGAGGUCUCGUUUGGGUAAGCAAUCCCAACUCCAGAAUUGUAAACAUGGGAUCUCUGCGGUCAUUGUGGAAAAGAAAAAGAAAAGGAAAAACAAUUGAAGAAGAAUUUUCUUUAUGAAGUGUUUAUAUUUAUUUACA